AUGCUGCCCCGUCGAAUUGUUCCGGCCACGCCCCUGCGCAGGGCCGCCCUCGCGGCCGCACGGCGCACACUUCUUCCCGCUGUGCAGCAGCGCACCUUUAUUCCCGAAUCCAUCAACGGCCGCCGCGUCAUCGAUGAAAAGUACCCGGAGCCGCCGCGCCUGACCGAGGCCGAGGACCCGCUGAUGAACGGCGGUUUCGUGCAGCCGGCGCCCGUCAAGCGGCAGUUCCGCGACCCGCACGGCGACUGGUGGGACAAGCAGGAGCGCCGCAACUACAACGAGCCGGUGCACGAGGACUACGACCAGCUGGGCAUGUUCACGCCCUACGAGUACACGUGGACGACGACGGGCAAGGGCCUGGCACAGAUUGGCGCGUUUCUCGCCGUGUUCCUGGCCGUGGUCUACACCGUGAAAGAGACGUACCCGGACCGCGUGACGGUGCCGCGGACGUUUGAGGGUGGUCUGGAGCGGGAGCUGGGCGGCUCCGGUGCCUUGCGGGCGCGGAGUCCCGAGGACGAGGCGGCGGAGGAGGUAUAA